AUCAUCAAUAUGAAGGAAAAAUAUAUCCCAAACAGAAAACCUGUUUAUUAUAUAUAUAUGUUAUUAUUAUAUAUAUAUUAUUAUUAGUAUUAUGUUCGUGCCCUGUGGUUCCUGGUACUUUUAGAAAAGGACCACUAACAUGAAUGUCGUAAAAGACAACUAAGCGCUUAUAAACUUGGAAUUCUAUUCUUGUAGGCGAUUUGAAUCUCAAUUCUUUCAUCUUAAGCCUAAAAGCUGAACGUGGCCUUUCAGUCUUUUCAAGUAUAUUGGCUCUGUCUACCGCGCAGGGAAUAAAUACGUAUUUACGUAUGUUUUGGGCAUUAAGGAUUCAGUUACCCGUUAUCUGUUUUAGGUCUUACGCCUAACUUAAAAGAAAUACAAAAUAGUCUCGCCGAUGUUAAUAAAUAAAAAUAAAAAAAAAUUCUUAGGAAACUUUUUGAUCUAAAAUGUUGUAUUGUAGGUAUUGUAAUAAAUAAACAAAAGCAUCGUUGAACUGAUAAAUAAAUAAAAGCUUGAGGUUUACUUUAAAACAUUUUUUUUAAUAUAUAAAUCGUUUUCUCUAACAUGCGAUGAAUAAUUCGUUGCUAAUUACUAAGACGAGUGACGAGAACUCUUCAGUUAAUAGGUGUAUAUUAAAGCAACACAUAGCUUGUCUUUAAACAGUUCAAGUUUAGCUUAGGGAUAACUUGCAUGAAUUCAAAAUGGUUGCUUUAACGUUAUUAAGUUUUGUUAUUUGUGUUAUUUAUGGAGCGGUGGCAAAUGUUGUGCCAGUAGGGAAAUGCAGCCUAGAAGAUUCAAACUGCCUGAGGAAAGAGUUUCAAAAUGGCGUGCCUACAUUCUUUGAUGGUAUACCUGAAGCUAACAUUGAUGUUUUGGAUGUAAUGGAUAUGGACGACGUGAAGUUUGACCUCUCCGGUCUACAGUUUACAUUGAAAGAAGGAAAACUGAAAGGUCUAAAGGGAAUGGUUAUCAAAUCCGUAGAUUGGAACACGAAAAAGAACAAAAUAUCAAUAAAUUUUGUGGCAAACUGUACAGUGAAAGGACAUUAUACCGCCGCUGGCAGAGUGUUAAUCCUGCCUAUUAGCGGAGAUGGACAGAUGAAAUUGAAAUUGAGAGAUAUUGAUGUAAGACUAUACAUCGAUUACGACCUAAAGAAGACAGCUGAUGGCAAGGAGAGAGUGGCGCCAAAGAAACUGCAUUUUGACUUCGAAGUUAUGGGCAACGCACACUUCACUCUGACUAACUUGUUCAAUGGAAAUAAGGAGCUCAGUGAAGCCAUGCAUGCGUUCCUGAACGACAACUGGAAGCAAGUUUCGGCGGAGUUCGGCCAGCCCAUGUUGGCUGUGGCCGCCAAGAAAAUAUACAAAAACGUUGAAAAAUAUUUCGAGCAAAACCCUAUCGCUGAUAUAACUUUGUAGACAAUUUUAUUUUUUAUUUAUUUAUUUUCUAUAUUUUUGUUUUUACUAUUUAUUGUUUUGUCUUAUAUUUGGUAUCAGUGUUACUGUCUUCUGAGAUCGGCUGGAAUUAAGCAAACAGUAAA